UUGACCUUGUUGAAGGGAGGGAGAAAGAUGAAGAACGAGGUCCGUACAUCUUCCUAACUGCCCAUGCGCAGAAUCCUCAACUUCUGCCACGUGUCCCUGAUGGACCACCUCUCCCGUUUAAAUACUCCCUCCCUUCAUUCUCCCUCUCCGUUUAGCCCCGCGCUAACGAUAGUUAGCACCUCCCUUUCAUUUUCUCUCUCUAGACAUACAUUCCCGUUCCGUUCGACAUUCACACACACUACAACACACACACAGACACGCACACCACUAUCUCUGUAAGCUCCCUUCGAUCGUAAGCUUUUUCGUUCGGAUUUCAUUUCACGAAUGUUGUAUUGUAUUUUCUGGAAUUGCGUUCGUCAAUUUUAAUCAAUUUUUUUUUUUUUUGUUUUUGCUGGCUGUGUUUUGGGCGGCGGUGCAUGGCGGCGGUCGAUCGAUCAGAAAAAAAAAGGGGGAGGCUAAAUAGUGCGAGCGAGAGAGAGCUGCGGCUCCUCUGAGCUUUCGAGGGCUUUGGUCGUCGCGGUCCUCGAUAGAGCGAAAUCAUACAAGAUGACGGCCAACGGGAACCACGAGCAGCCGUCUCUGACGCGGCGGGCCUCGCGCAGCGCCGCCACCACCUUCUCCAUGGAGGUAUUUGACAAUGAGGUCGUGCCUUCCUCCCUGCAGUCGAUUGCCCCCAUUCUCCGCGUCGCCGCCGAGAUCCAGAAUGAACGCCCCCGUGUUGCCUACCUCUGUCGAUUUUAUGCGUUUGAGAAGGCGCACAGGUUGGACCCUAAUUCGAGUGGACGUGGUGUGCGACAGUUUAAAACUAGUCUACACCAACGAUUAGAAAGGGACAAUGCAUCAACUCUUGCUCACCGGGUCAAGAAGACGGAUGCUCGAGAAAUUGAGAGCUUCUAUAAGCAAUAUUAUGAGCACUAUGUUUUGGCCCUUAACAAGGGGGAGCAAGCUGAUAGAGCUCAGCUUGGAAAAGCUUAUCAGACUGCCGGCGUGCUGUUUGAAGUGCUUUGUGCUGUUAAUAAGACAGAAAAAGUUGAGGAAGUAGCUCCUGAGAUUAUGGCUGCUGCAAACGAUGUCCAGGCAAAGAAAGAAAUUUAUGCUCCAUAUAACAUUCUUCCACUGGAUUCAGCCGGGGCUUCACAGUCCAUCAUGCAACUCGAAGAGGUGAAAGCUGCUGUGACUGCUUUACAGAAUACUCGUGGCUUAGCAUGGCCCGCGUCAUUUGAGCAAAAUCGCCAAAAAGCUGGAGAUUUGGACCUGCUUGACUGGCUGAGAGCCAUGUUUGGGUUUCAGAGGGACAAUGUCAGGAAUCAAAGGGAGCAUUUGAUAUUGCUGCUUGCAAAUAUUCAUAUAAGGCUAAUCCCCAAGCCCGAACCGCAAAACAUACUUGAUCAUCGAGCUGUUGAUGCACUCGUGAAUAAGAUUUUCAAGAACUACAAGACAUGGUGCAAAUACUUGGGAAGAAAACACAGCUUAAGGCUUCCGAAGGGUGAGGUGGACGUGCAACAGAGAAAGAUACUUUAUAUGGGCCUUUAUCUUCUUAUAUGGGGUGAAGCAGCUAACGUUCGCUUCAUGCCAGAGUGCUUAUGUUACAUAUUCCACAAUAUGGCAUAUGAACUCCAUGGACUCUUAGCUGGAAAUGUCAGUAUUGUCACGGGAGAAAACAUCAAGCCUUCUUAUGGUGGAGAUGAAGAAUCUUUCCUAAGGAAGGUUAUCACGCCCAUCUAUCGAGUAAUUGAAAAGGAGUCCAAGAAAGGAAAGAAUGGAAAAGCCCCCCAUACAGCCUGGUGUAACUACGACGAUUUGAAUGAAUAUUUCUGGUCAUCAGAUUGCUUCCAAUUGGGCUGGCCAAUGAGUGAUGAUGGUGAGUUUUUCAAAUCAACAAGAGAUGUAACACAGGGGAAACGUGCUCAGAAGAAGCCUGGAACGCUGGGAAAAUCAUUCUUUGCGGAAACUCGGACGUUUUGGCACAUUUUCCGAAGUUUUGAUCGUCUAUGGACAUUUCUCAUUCUUGCUCUACAGGUUAUGAUAAUCCUUGCAUGGAGUAAUGUUUCCAUAUUCGAUGUCUUCCAGAAGGAUACCUUAUACAAGUUGUCUAGCAUUUUUAUCACUGCAUCCUUUCUUCGCCUCCUUCAAAGUAUUUUGGACCUUGUUCUGAACCCCCCAGGGUAUCUCAGAUGGAAGUUCACUACGGUUUUGAGAAAUGUUCUGAAGAUAAUUGUCAGCCUCGCCUGGUCCAUCACCCUUCCCCUGUGCUAUUUGAUCCAUACAAAAUCAUUUUCAUUUUCCCAAAUAAAAAAUGUGCUUGUGUUCCUGGAUAAACUCAAGGGUGUGCCUCCGUUGUACAUCAUGGCGGUAGCUCUAUAUCUGCUACCAAAUUUAUUGGCUGCAGUCUUAUUUGUUUUCCCAAUGCUCCGCCGCUGGAUUGAGAACUCCGAUUGGCUUAUUAUUAGAUUUCUCCUAUGGUGGUCACAGCCAAGAAUCUAUGUGGGAAGGGGAAUGCAUGAAAGCCAGUUUUCACUUAUCAGAUACACUCUGUUCUGGGUGCUGCUUCUAUGUUCAAAAUUUGCUUUUAGCUAUUUUUUGAUGAUAAAACCUAUGGUUGAGCCCACAAAAGAUAUAAUGAACAUUCACCACGUUGAUUAUGCUUGGCACGAAUUCUUCCCGCAUGCUAAGCACAAUUAUGGAGCUGUCGCUGCAAUAUGGGCACCGGUUAUCUUGGUUUACUUCUUGGAUCUCCAGAUUUGGUAUGCUAUAUUCUCCACCAUGUAUGGAGGUUUUACUGGGGCUUUCGAUCGUCUCGGUGAGAUUCGGACCCUUGGAAUGCUGAGGUCACGUUUUCAGUCUUUACCUGGUGCAUUCAACACUUACUUGGUCCCUUCUGAGAAAACAAGGAAAAGAGGGUUUUCUCUUUCAAAUAACUUGCAAAAGGAGACUGCAAGUAGAAGAAGUGAAGCUGCCAGAUUCGCGCAGUUGUGGAAUGAUGUAAUAUGUAGCUUUCGUGAAGAAGAUCUCAUAAGUGACAGGGAGAUGGAUCUGCUUCUUGUUCCUUACUCCUCCGAUCCUAGCCUAAAAAUAAUUCAGUGGCCCCCUUUUUUGCUUGCUAGCAAGAUUCCCAUUGCACUAGAUAUGGCUGCUCAAUUUCGAUCCAAGGAUGCUGACCUUUGGAAACGCAUCUGUGCUGAUGAUUAUAUGAAAUGUGCUGUCAUUGAAUGCUAUGAAUCAUUUAAACAUGUUCUGAAUACCUUGAUCAUUGGAGAAACUGAGAAAAGGAUAAUCGGAAUCAUCAUUAAAGAAAUUGAAAGUCAUAUAUCAAAGAGUACAUUCCUUGCAAAUUUCAGAAUGAAGCCUUUACCUGAUCUGUGCAAGAAAUUUGUGGAACUUGUGGAGAUAUUGAAAGAAGGUCAACCUUCCAAGAAAGAUAGAGUUGUUCUGCUGCUGCAAGAUAUGUUAGAAGUAGUUACCCGUGACAUGAUGGUGAACGAGAUCCGUGAACUGGCUGAACUUGGUCAAGGUAGCAAGGAUUCUGGAAAUCAACUUUUUGCCAGUAUUGUUUUCCCUCCCCCAAAUACAGCACAAUGGGAAGAGCAGAUACGGCGCCUCUAUCUGCUCCUUACUGUAAAAGAAUCAGCAAUUGAAGUGCCCACAAAUCUCGAAGCACGUCGAAGGAUAACAUUUUUUGCCAAUUCACUUUUUAUGGAUAUGCCACGCGCACCUCGAGUGCGCAAAAUGCUGUCAUUCAGUGUAUUUACUCCAUAUUACAGUGAGGAGACUGUCUAUUCCAAGAGUGAUCUUGAAAUGGAAAAUGAAGAUGGUGUAUCUAUCAUAUAUUAUCUUCAAAAGAUUUAUCCAGAUGAAUGGAACAAUUUCAUGGAGCGUCUAAAUUGCAAAGAAUCUGAUAUUUGGGAAAAUGAAGAGAACAUACUGCAACUACGCCAUUGGGCCUCCUUGAGAGGACAGACUCUUAGCCGAACAGUUAGAGGGAUGAUGUACUAUAGAAGGGCCUUGAAGCUUCAGGCUUUUCUUGACAUGGCUACAGAAGAUGAGAUACUUGAAGGCUAUAAAACUAUUACCGAACCAUCAGCAGAAGAUAAGAAGAGUCAAAGAUCUAUGUAUACUCAAUUAGAGGCUGUAGCUGACAUGAAAUUUACAUAUGUCGCUACCUGCCAGAAUUAUGGGAAUCAGAAAAGGAGUGGAGAUCGACGUGCAACUGACAUUUUAAAUCUGAUGGUGAAUAAUCCAUCUCUCCGUGUAGCCUAUAUAGAUGAAGUUGAGGAAAGGGAAGGUGGGAAAAACCAGAAGGUGUAUUAUUCUGUAUUGAUUAAAGCGGUUGAGAAUCUUGAUCAGGUAAAUGUUAUCUUUUAGCUCUUAAUGAAUACUAAAAAGUUCGAUUCAACUCCAAGACUGACUCAAUAUUCUUUCUUUAUGAAGGAAAUCUACCGUAUAAAGCUUCCUGGGUCAGCAAAGAUAGGAGAAGGGAAGCCUGAAAACCAAAACCAUGCUAUUAUUUUUACGCGUGGGGAAGCUCUUCAGACCAUUGAUAUGAACCAGGAUAAUUAUUUGGAAGAAGCUUUUAAGAUGCGCAAUCUACUUGAGGAAUUUAAUGAAGAUCAUGGGGUGAGACCACCUACAAUCCUGGGUGUCCGCGAGCAUAUUUUCACUGGAAGUGUGUCAUCAUUGGCUUGGUUUAUGUCUAAUCAAGAGACGAGCUUUGUCACCAUUGGCCAAAGAGUUCUUGCUAGACCUUUGAAGGUACGAUUCCAUUAUGGGCACCCAGAUGUUUUUGACAGAAUUUUUCACGUAACCCGUGGAGGCAUCAGCAAAGCUUCAAGGGGAAUCAAUCUUAGUGAGGAUAUAUUUGCUGGUUUUAAUUCAACACUAAGGCGUGGAAAUAUUACUCACCAUGAAUAUAUCCAAGUUGGCAAGGGACGAGAUGUUGGUCUUAACCAGAUCUCACUUUUUGAAGCCAAAGUUGCAUGCGGUAAUGGGGAACAGACGCUCAGCCGUGAUAUUUACAGGCUGGGGCAUCGUUUUGACUUCUUCCGCAUGCUGUCAUGUUACUAUACAACCACAGGGUUUUACGUGAGCUCAAUGCUGGUGGUCCUUACGGUGUAUGCGUACUUGUACGGUAGACUCUACCUAUCUCUCAGUGGACUGGAGAAGACCAUAGUCAGGUUUGCAAGAUCAAGGGGAAAUGACGCUCUCAAGGUUGUCAUGGCAUCACAAUCAAUUGUUCAACUAGGUUUCUUGAUGGCAUUGCCCAUGGUUAUGGAAAUUGGCCUUGAGAGAGGCUUUAGAACUGCAGCUAGCGAUUUCAUAAUCAUGCAGCUUCAACUAGCAUCUGUGUUCUUUACUUUCUCUCUCGGGACAAAGCUCCAUUACUUUGGGCGAACGAUCUUGCAUGGAGGAGCUAAAUACAGAGCCACUGGGCGUGGUUUUGUUGUGAGGCACGAAAAAUUUGCUGAGAACUACAGAAUGUACUCGAGGAGCCAUUUUACGAAAGCUCUAGAACUGAUGAUUAUGCUCAUAGUUUAUCAAGCUUAUGGUGCAGCUACUCCUACCUCUACGACUUACAUAUUUGUCACUUUCUCAAUGUGGUUUCUUGUGGGUUCGUGGUUGUUUGCUCCCUUUCUUUUCAAUCCUUCGGGAUUUGAGUGGCAGAAGAUAGUGGAUGACAUUGAGGACUGGGCCAAGUGGAUGAGUAACCGGGGUGGAAUUGGUGUUCCCGCGACCAAGAGUUGGGAAUCGUGGUGGGAUGAAGAGCAAGAGCAUCUUCAGUCCACAGGUGCACUUGGACGAUUCUGGGAAAUUAUCCUUUCUCUGCGCUUCUUCUUGUACCAGUAUGGAGUUGUUUAUCAGCUGCAAGUCGCCCAGCAAAACAAGAGUAUCAUUGUUUACGGUUUGUCGUGGCUGGUCAUUGUUGCCGUGGUGAUCAUUUUGAAGGUGGUGUCGAUGGGAAGGCAGAGGUUCGGGGCAGAUUUCCAGCUGGUUUUCAGACUCCUAAAGCUAUUCCUGUUAAUUUCCUUCAUAGCCAUACUUUUCGUGUUUGUCAAAUUCCUGGACCUCACAAUUGGAGAUGCCUUUGCCAGCUUACUAGGCUUCUUGCCAACUGGAUGGGCUCUUCUGCUGAUAGCACAAGCAUGCAGGCCAGUAGCGAAAGGACUGGGAAUGUGGGGGUCAGUUAAGGCACUGGCAAGAGGGUAUGAGUACCUUAUGGGGCUUGUGAUAUUUGCUCCGGUGGCAAUCCUUGCCUGGUUCCCAUUCGUGUCGGAAUUCCAAACAAGGCUGCUCUUCAAUCAGGCUUUCAGCAGAGGUCUGCAGAUUCAACGUAUUCUUGCUGGUGGAAAGAAAAACAAGUGAGACCAUGUCCUUUAUUAUAUGUUAUCAUAUACGUAUAUAUGCGCACAGUUUCGUAUUCAUUACUUGAUCAUUCACAUUAUAUUACCUUACCCUGCAAAAGAGGAUAUAUAGAUUACAAUACACAACCUCGACUUGUUAACUAAUGCGUUAGCGGAGUCGUCGUUAUUGUAGCAUAUCUAGCGGACGAUGAAACUAUAUAGUUUUAUACAUGUACUCUAGUUUAAAAGUUGCAUUUGCACGUCUACGAUUGUAAUACAAAUAUUAUUACUAAUCAAAUGUGACCGGAAAUAUAUUGUUUUUCACAUUU